AUGUCUAUGGAGGCUAGGACUCAAUUGUAUAAGAAGGUGAAGCCAUUUGUGGCAAUAAUUUUAGUGCAACUUGGCCAUGCAGGGAUGUCCAUAAUCGCUAAGCUUGCCCUAAACAAGGGAAUGAAUCCACGUGUGUUCAUAGCCUACCGAUAUGCCGUCGCCACUAUGGUCAUUGCUCCUUUCGCCAUUUUCUACGAUAGGAAGAAAAGGGCAAAGUUGACCUACUCUGUCUUUGCCAAGAUUAUGUUGCUUGCCUUAUUGGGGCCUGUAGCAUACCAGAACUUGUACUACGAGGGGGUGAAGCUUACUUCAGCAACUUAUUCAAGAGCAUUGUUCAAUGUUGUUCCUGUGUUUACAUUUGCAAUGGCUUGGAUUUUACGUCUUGAGAAAGUAAAUAUUAGGAGACGGGGUAGCCAGGCAAAGGUAUUGGGGACCAUAGUCACGAUUGGAGGAGCUAUGCUUAUGACUCUGGUUAAAGGUCCUUCGUGGAAUUUGCCAUGUACAUAUGGACAUUGCCAUCAAGAAUCUGCAAGUGCAGCAAAUAAGCAAGAUGUCAAGGGUGCUCUCAUGAUGCUAGCAGGUUUUUUCUGCCAGUCUGGUUACAUUAUUCUUCAAGCAAUUACACUGGAAUCAUACCCCACAGAGCUUUCCCUAGCAGCUUUAAUAAGUUUGAUGGGCACACUAGAAAGUACCAUAGUGGCUUUUGCUAUGGAAUGGAGGAACCUUACGGCUUGGUCAAUGCGCUUUGAUAUUAAGCUCAUAGCUGUUGUAUAUGCUGGCAUAGUAACUACAGCGUUCAGCAUUUACAUUUAUGGAAUGGUAAUAAAGGAAAAAGGACCUGUUUUCGUGACUGCUUUUAGUCCACUAAGCACAAUUCUAGUUGCAAUUAUGGGCUCCUUCAUUUUGGUCGAGACAAUGUUCUUAGGAAGCGUUAUUGGAGCGAUUGUCAUUAUUGUUGGCCUAUAUAUGUUUUUAUGGGGCAAGAACCAGGAUCAGAAGUCAGGUGCUGAAAGGGUAGUAGUACCAACUGCCCAAAAUACGGCUACUGCAGAUGAGCGGAUGACGACUUCAAAUCAAGAAUUUAUGGCCAUCAAUAUGACAAGUACAAAAUCUACCGAUGGAACUGCAUGA